CCCACACACACACACACACACACACACACACACACACACAGAGAGAUCCGCGAUACGCGUGUGGCGGUGAAACAGAGGGGAGCGGAAGUGUUUGUUCUGUCAAGUUGGAGCUGCACGCGAUUGAGCCGUGCAUCAUCGGAGCAGCAGGGCGGGCAAUCAGCUAACAAAACGAAGAUGGGAGAUUCCUCGGGCCUUUUCAAUGGACUGUGCAUGCUGUUUGAUUCAAUCGAACGGAAUUCAAAGCCAGGCAUGAAGAGGAAAAUGCUGCGCAAGUUUCUAAAUGAAUAUUAUCAGGGUCGGGAUUAUUACCCGGCGAUGAGAUUAAUACUUCCAGCUCUCGACAAGGAGAGGAACAGCUAUGGCAUGAAGCAGCAGAUGCUGGCCAAGUGUCUGGUAGAUGCACUGGGCGUCGCAAAAGACUCACCAGACGCGCUCAAGCUUGUAGGAUGGCGAGACGGUGGGAAAAAAAACGGAAAGAACACUGGCAACUUUGUCUUGGUCGCUGUUGAGGUUCUUACGCGAAGACAGAGUGAGACAUCUUUUGGAUUGACGCUUGAGGAUGCUAACCACCUUCUUGAUCGGCUAGCAGCCGCUGAGAAGCAGGAAAACAUCAUGGUGAUGAGAGAGAUGAUCAAUAAAACAAGUUGGAAGGAAAUGAAGUGGAUGCUCAGCAUCAUUCUUAAAGAUCUACAUCUGGGCCUCGGGGAGAAAGCUGUGUUUGCGGACUUCCAUCCAGAUGCAGAGCACCUGUACAACAUGACGAUGGACUUGAAGGGUGUAUGUGAGAAGUUACACGACCGUUCAAAGAGGUUGGAGAGACAGGUAGGUCAGUCACCAGCCCCUAAUCUGUGGAAAGGGUACCUUCCGCUNCGUUCAAAGAGGUUGGAGAGACAGGAUCUCACUAUUGGAGCAGUAGCUCGACCUCAAUUGGCAUCACGCAUUCCAAAUGUGGAGCAAGCAUGGAAGAAGGUUCGUGAGUGAUGUGUUAGGGGAGGGAGGGAGGGAUGAUGAAUGUUCAGAAUCUGAACUUCUUUUCUGUCGUUGCCUUGCUCGGUUGUCUUUCAGAAAAUUGUGCGCUCCUAGUGUACUACGUAUGUCUGUGUAAUUUUUAAUCUUUGCACGCUCUUAUGCGAAUACCAUGUCAAUCGUCCAGCCAGUUAGAGGUUUGCUUCAUCCACUCUCUCUCUCUCUCUCUCUCUCUCUCUCUCUCUCUCUCUCUCUCUCUCUCUCUCUCUCUCUCUCUCUCUCUCUCUCUCUCUCUCUCUCUCUCUCGCUUCGGUCUAUCUGUCAUUUUAGCAGUGUCGGCGGUUCUGUGAACACCGAAGUGUUGACUAUCAUUGGCACAUUACUUAGAAUGGUAGCAAACAUGUACGACGUGCACGAUUUACCCGCCGUAAUGAAACUAUAGUGUGUGGAACUGAAACUGUUGGAAUACCCGUGGAAGACAACAUGUUCGGCAAUUCUGGCAUUUCUCAGAGACUAUAAGGUCAGCACGGUGCGUAAUGUCAUCUUCAGUUUUCUGGAAACGGAAGACAGAAGGAUUUGGCAAGAAAUGAAAAGUACUUUGCAGC